AUGCUUGCCUCCAGAACAGCAUCAAGAGCUGCGGCUCGCACUCUUCGUGCACCAAUGAGACAACAAGCUAGACAAACUAGAUUUGUUUCGACGACACAGGCUGAGGGGGCAAAGGCUGGUGGUGCUUCGGGUUUUGCAGCGGGUAUUGCUGGUGGUGCUGUUGUUUUGGCCGGAUGCUACACUUACUACCAAUUCUCUGGCAUCAAACCUAUGGUCAACGCCUACAGCUCCACGAAAUCUCAAUUCCAAAAAGCAACCUCAGCAAUCUCUGAAAAGGCUCCAGAACCAAAUCAAGCCAUCAAAUGGCUUCGCAGUGCCACUUCUUCCUAUGCUGCUUUUAUCCCUGGUGCACAAUCAUUCCUUGAUAGUGCAUUUGAUGAUAUUGAGAAGGUGCAAGCGAAACAUGGCAAGGAAGUCGAUGAGAUUGUUAAUAAAACAUAUGCGGAACUGAAGGGUAUUAGUAAAAAGGGUGGAUUUGAUAUGCAAACUGCCGUGCAGGGUUACAAUGUAUUGACCAAAGCAUUGAGCGAAAUUGCCGAGUUGGGAAAAGAUAGUUUGGGGGAAAUGUUGGAUAAUCAUCCUCAAAUCAAGGAGAAGGUUGGGGGAAACCUGGAUCAGUUAAAGAGUAUGGCUGAGAACUAUGGUCCGGAUGCAAAGAAAGAGUUGGAUGAUACGUAUAAGAAGGUUUCGGAGAUUCUUGCGGGUGGAUUGGGCGUUGGCUCGAUUGACAAAGUUCGCAAGUUAAUCCAGGAGAAGAGUGAAAAGAUUCAGAAGCUGGGAGAACAAGCUUGGAAUAAGGGGAUGGAGGAGUGGAAACCUUAUUUGGAGAAGAACCCAAAGGUUAAGGAGAUUGUGGAGAAGAAUGCUGAUGCUCUUAAGUCUGGAAAUGUUAAGGAGAUUUUCGAUCAGAUUAAAAAGGCUAUUGAGUCAGGAAAUACAGAUGAUCUCCAGAAAUACAUAAAGGAUGCUGGGGAGAAGGCGAAGAAUACUGGGUUCGGACAAAAUUUUCAACAAUAUGCUCAGCAAGCUGCGACGAUGGCUGGUAUCCCUGGAUCAGAGAAGAUGUGGGAAAAAUUGCAACAUUUGCAGGAGGUAGCAAAGGAUCAUGGGGAUGAGUUGGAGGGAUUGGUUAAGAGUGCUUAUGAGGAUAUAAGCAAGGUUGUGGAGAAGAAGGUUGCAGAGGCCGAAAAAUUGAGGGGAAAGGUUGAGAAAGAUGUUAAGAAAUAA